AUGGCCACAGAAGAACAUUUCGAGGCUCCGCAGCCUCUGACCGAGCUUCCNUUUGCGCCUCUCACAAAAUCGCACAUCAUCCAUUGCUCAUACCACAACUGGUAUCCCAAAUAUCGUCCUAUAUCUCCCAAGGCUCGCCUUAUCCCUCUUACCCGUCCCUUUCUCGACUAUCUGCGCGCAGACGGCAUUGUAAUCCCUCCAGACGAGGACGAUCCUCGCCGCGACUGGUCAGACAGCGAUUCUGGCAUCUUCUCGGCUUCUGAUACCGCCGGAGAAGAGGACGACGAUGAAGAGGAGGAUCCUUCUGCCGAGUGGCGCAACAUCCACCGAGCCAUCAAGAACACCAUCGCAGAGCUUGGUGGUAAGGUCGUGCCUAAGCUGAACUGGUCCGCUCCCAAAGACGCUACCUGGAUCGCUGCGACCAACAGUAUGGAGUGCAGACUGCCCAGCGAUAUCUACUUGCUCCUCAAGAGCUCCGAUUUUGUUACCCACGAUCUCGAGCAUGCCUACGACGACUGCACCGGAGACGAGUCGCCUUCCGAUGACAUCCCCCAAACUACGAACGACAUUCCAUAUCACCUAGUCUUGCGCAAAUUCUUCCAGAUGAAUCCCUCGGUCGAGUUCAGGUGCUUUGUCAGGAAUCGUAAACUCAUUGCUCUCUGCCAACGGGAUCUGAAUCAUUUCGACUUCCUCUUCCGCAUGCAAGACAAGUUACGCCAUGUCAUACACAAUUUCUUUGACGAUAGACUUAAGCACACUUUUCCGGACGCCGACUUUGUCUUUGACGUCUACGUUCCUCCGCCGCAUGAUCGUGUCUGGUUAAUCGACGUCAAUCCUUGGGCAGUCAGGACAGACCCCUUAUUAUUCAGCUGGCUGGAGCUUUUGACACUACCCGAACCACCGGAGGAGAAAGUCAUUCGCAUUCCUAUCAGACCUGUCGGUGCUGUUACAGAAGGACAGGAGCAAUCCGACUCACAAGCGACCGACGCAAAAGAAGGUGAAGUCACGGAGGGAAGAACAGACAUGGAGGACGAUGAUGACGAGGAAGCCGACGAAGAAAUCUGGGUCCCAGAGUUCCGUUUGAUCAGAAAGGACGAUCCUGAAGCCUACAGCUUCAACACGCCACAGUACAGCGCACACAAGCUACCACGAGAUGUCGUUGAUGCAAGUCAGGGCGGACCUGGUGCCUUGAGAGAGUUUGCAGACAACUGGAAAGAGAUGUUAGCGAAACAGCAACAGGAGGACGCAGAUCUCGUCGGUGUUACUUAUAAAACUUGGAUCACACCUACCAAGAAGCAUCCUGAAUUGAAGACAAUCAGAACAGGCUUCGGAGGCUGGGGCGACCGUGUUGGCGCCCUGGCUUAUGCCUUGACGCCACUCACAAUUGCUCUUUGCUCUCGUGAGAGCAUCUUGUCUCUCAUCACCGGUGUUCCAUACCAACAUUUCAAUUUCCUGCAUCGAUGGACUGGUCGAGUCAUUUUCAUCCAGUCUUUUCUGCACACAUUGGUCUGGACACUUGUCGAAGGGAGAUUCUACCAGCCGCAACCGGAGACUUAUACCGCAUUCAUCAAGCAAAAGUACAUUGUCUGGGGUAUUGUUGCUCAGAUCAUGAUUACCUUCUUGUACGUUUUCAGCACCAGCUGGGCCAUUCAAUGGACCGGAUACGAGUUCUUUAAGAAGACCCAUGCUUUGAUUGGCAUACUAUAUCUCGGAGCAUGUUGGGGGCAUUGGGACAAACUGGCGUGUUGGAUGAUUGCUUCUCUCGUCAUCGUGCUUGCCGACUUUGGAGUCAGAUUCCUUCGAACUGCACUGCUUCACGUCGGAUACCGCAAGGGUAAGCCUGGUCUUGGUUUCCAUAGCGCCAUUGCUACUGUUCAGCACUAUGGUGACGACGAGGAUUCGGUUGUGCGUAUUGACUUCGACUUCAAGCACUCCGCCUGGAAGCCCGGUCAACACUUUUACCUCUGCUUCCCUGCACUUAACAUCUGGCAGAGCCAUCCUUUCACGCCGUCAUCUCUUCCCGAUGGUCGCAGCGAUAUUCAGCACCAUACCUACCUAAUCCGCGAACGCUCCGGUAUCACUGCCAAGCUUGCUCAAAUUGCCAAAGCCACUGGCGGAGAUUCUUGUGCUACUUCCGUCAUACUCACCGGACCCUAUGGAGGCACAUCUACUGAGGAAGCCGCCUCCUCCAAUCUUUUGACUGUGGCAGGCGGCACAGGCGUCACUUCUGUGCUCCCAACUCUUCAGGAUACUUUUACCGUCGCUCAAAGAGGCACUCGUGCUGUCGAUUUUGUUUGGAUUAUCCGCAAAAUCCAAGACCUUUCCUGGAUUGCACCAGAAUUGAUGGAGCUCAAGUCAUGGAUGUCUUCUGGCAAAGCGAAUGGCCUACGUCUACGCGUCUUCGUUACUCGCGAGACAGCACCGCCAGAAUCAUCGACUUCUUCCACUUCUUCCAUAUCCGAGAAGGGCAAAGGAUGCUGUAGCAAGCGUGCUAAGAGUGAAAAGAAUGGUGUAAUUGUCUCCUCCUCCAAUGACCUGGUAACACCUCAGGACAACUUCGAGAUUACAUACCUUGGCGGCGCUCAUCCCUCGAUCAAGGAUGUUGUCUGCGACUUCGCUGAAAGAGCGGCGAUCUGUGGCGGUAGAAGUCAAGUCAUUGGUGCUGGACCUAUGGAGAUUGGUACUGCUUUGCGCUCUGCCGUUGCAAAGGAAAACCACGCCGGCAGGGUAUGGCAAGGUGACGACAGCGGUAUCAUGGCUCUUGAGUGGGACUGUCGGUCAUGA